CCACCCACUCAGCAGCAGCAGCAGCAUCAGCAGCAGCAGGUGCCACCUCCACCCACGCAGCAGCAGCAUCAGCAGCAGCUGCCGCCUCCACCCACUCAACAACAGCAGCAGCAGCAACAUCAGCUGGGUCCUGCAUCUCUUCAGUCGUCUUCAUACCAUCCGCCUCCACAUGGACAGGCCCAGAUGUCUCGCGGUCCAGAUGCUGGUUUGCUCCGCGGUUACCAAAGUCUGGCGCAUGACGUUUCUCCCGGCCUCGCUGGGGACAACGACUCAGAUGGUGACUCCGCGUCCAGCCUCAGCAACUACGACUGCGUGGAGGGCGGAGGCAUCAUCGGGGACACAGCCUCUCAUGGUCUUCUCGCACAUAAUGCGGCACCAAAUUCCCCUACGGGACCUCCCAUGGGCGGAGGUGGUGGUGGUGGCUUCGGACCGCAGGGCUACCCGCACGCUACGCCGAAAGCCCCCUUCCACAACGCGGCCAUGUCCGGCUAUCCUCCGCAGUACCCACAGACUGCUUUUGGACCCAACCAACUGUCCUCCUCAAUGGGGGGGUUGUCGGUCCAACCUGAGAGCUUGCGACCAGUCAACUUGCUUCAAGAGAGGAACAUCCUUCCCCCAACGCCGGUGGAACCUCCCAAGCCCAACCUCCACCCCGACAUGCAGCAGCGCAACUGCCAUCCUGACAUCUUCCGCUGCACGCUGACCAACAUACCACAGACGCCAAGCCUAUUGAGCAAGGCCAAGCUUCCGCUGGGUCUCCUGCUGCACCCCUUCAAGGACCUGCAGCAGCUGCCGGUGAUUACCGCGAGUACCAUCGUGCGCUGCCGCGCUUGCCGUACUUACAUCAACCCCUUCGUCACCUUCAUCGACCAGCGCCGCUGGAAGUGCAACCUGUGCUUCCGCGUCAACGAAGUUCCGGACGACUUCAUGUACAACCCACUGACGCGCUCGUACGGCGAACCCCAGAAGCGGCCCGAAAUCCGCAACGCCACAAUUGAGUUCAUCGCUCCCUCUGAGUACAUGGUGCGGCCGCCCCAGCCGGCCGUCUACAUCUUCCUGCUGGACGUGUCCUUCCAUGCCGUCGAGUGCGGAUACCUGCCCGUCGUGUGCAAUAGUAUCCUGGAGCACCUGGACAGGUUACCGGGCGACAGCCGCACAAAGGUGGGCAUCGUGACGUUUGACAGCGCGAUCCACUUCUACAGCCUGCAGGAGGGGCAGGCACGGCCACAGAUGGUGGUGGUCACUGACAUCGACGAUGUGUUCAUCCCAAGCCCCGAAGGCCUCCUUGUGAACCUGCAGGAAAGCAAAGAGCUGUUCCGCGAGCUUCUGCAGUCUCUGCCGACCGUGUUCCCGAGUGGGGCAGAGCGCGAGACACAGAGCGCCCUGGGGCCCGCGCUGCAGGCCGCUCACAGCCUGCUGGGAGCGACCGGAGGCCGAGUCACCGUCUUCCAGAGCCAGCUCCCCUCAGUGGGGCCCGGCGCCCUCAAGCCACGCGAGGUCGGGGCCAAGGGCACCGAGGGCCUCUCUCCAGUCACCGAUUUCUACAAGAAGCUGGCGCUGGACUGCUCGGCGCAGCAGACGGCCGUUGAUCUCUUCCUGCUCAGCAGCCAGUACGCCGACCUGGCUACGCUGUCUUGCAUAUCGCGGUUCUCUUCGGGCGCCGUCUAUUACUACCCGUCCCCGCAUCCCGUCCACGCGCCAGCACAGCUGGAACGACUGCGGAGCGACCUGCAGCGCUACCUCACCCGCAAAAUCGGCUUCGAGGCCGUUAUGAGGAUUCGCUGCACCAAGGGCCUCUCCAUCCACACGUUCCACGGGAACUUCUUCGUGCGCUCCACGGACCUCCUCUCCCUUCCCAACGUCAACCCGGACGCCGGCUUCGCCGUGCAGGUCUCCAUCGAGGAAGCGCUCGGCGACGCCGCCACCGUCUCCUUCCAGGCGGCGCUGCUCUACACGUCCAGCAAGGGCGAGCGGCGGAUCCGCGUGCACACGCUGUGCCUGCCCGUGGUCACGACGCUCGUCGACAUUUACGCCGGCGCCGACGUGCAGGCCGUCACGGCGCUCCUCGCCAAGAUGGCGGUGGACCGCACGCUCUCGUCGAGCCUGAGCGACGCACGUGACGCCCUGGUGAACGCCGCCGUGGACUUCCUGGCUGCGUACCGGGGCUCGGGCGGCGGCCCUGCGCAGUCUGGGCUCACGGCGCCACACGGCCUGCGGCUGCUGCCGCUCUACGCGCUGGCGCUGCUGAAGCAGAAAGCGUUUGGCUCGGGAAAGAGCGUGCGCCUGGAUGAACGAGCGUUUGCCAUGUGUGAGAUGAAACACCAGCCGCUGGGCCAGCUCAUGCUCGCUGUGCACCCCAGCCUCUACCGCGUCGACAACCUCACGGAAAAGGGCGGGGUGAUGGAGGGCGACGUGCUGGUGCCCCAACCGCCGGUGCUGCAGUUGUCUGCCGAGCGUCUGUCUGGGGACGGAGCCUUCCUGCUCGACUCGGGCACCGUACUGCAGCUGUGGGUGGGCAGGGGCGUCGGGUUGGCUUUCCUGCACGAGGUGCUGGGUGUGCAGAACGUCGCAGCCAUCCAGACUAACACGCAAUGGUCCCUGCCGGAGCUGCCCAACGCGGCAUCGGAGCGCGUGCGCGCCUUCGUGUCGUGGCUACGGCGCCACCGGGCCUUCCCCCCGCCACUGCAGAUCAUUCGUGACGACGGUGCGAGCCGCUCGGCCUUCGUGCAGAGCCUGGUGGAGGACCGCACGGAGUCCGCCAUGUCCUACUACGAGCUCCUGCUGCAUGUUCAGCAGCAGGUCUGCAAGUGAGGGCCCCCGCCGGCAACGGCACAGCGCUCCGCGCUCCCCCACCGUGGCACCGCCGCUCCGAUCUCCCCGACCGCCCCCUCCCCCGCCCUUCUCGCUCCCACACGCGGUCCUGCGGCGGUGCGGGGCUCGCGACGACCGAGCGGCGCCCUGCACGUCUCCGUGCCUCGCGGGAGGAGGGCACCACGGAGCGGGUGGCCAGGAUUCGUGGAGGUCACCGGGUCACCGGGUCCACCGCCCACAGACUCAGUCGGGCCCCGCUCGCCUCUCACUGGUCCAGUUGAAAAGUGCAGUAAAUUAGCACUUUAUAUUGAAUAAGCAAAAAUUACAAACGAGUGAACAAAUGGACUAAUUAACCAGUAACUGGCAUGCGUGAUUCGCGGAAGAAAUUUGUAAAUAAGGCGCCGCCUUCAGUGGAGUCUGUGCCGAAUUGGGGGGGGGGGGCCAGCCCUGUUGCUGUGUCGAGCGAGGUCGCUCUCCUGCGUGUGCCCAAGAGGAGGUGCGGAUGUGCUACGGUGUGUUUCGGUGUGCGGAUGUUGUUGGUUUUUCUUAUCUCACCACCGGGUGGUACCGUCGCUUGACCGGUUCCUCGCAAGGUGAGGAGGAGGAGGCUGGUUAUGCGAGUGUGUGAAAUUUCAUUUUUGCGAAUCGCCCGCCUUCCGGUUUGUUAAUCUCGACGCUUUAAAAUGCUUCGUAAAUAUGUUUUCAGAGCGUAAGGGGGGGUGGAAGUUUAGAUGAUGACGACGAUGAUGAUAUAUUCCACGUGCCUGUGUAACUGCGGGACGGCAGUAGAGAGAUCGGGCAGUAGCUGGGAGGGAGGUGCGGGGGCCCGACUGGUCGUGCGCGCACACCUGUGGUGCUUGACGAGUUCCGCGCAUCGCUGUGAUUAUCGGCGCAACUCUCGAGCCAGGCCAGCCGGGGCGAGGCAGGCUGUGGUGUGAGCGAGCAAGCGAGUGAGCGAUUAGCAGUGCAUGGGACACGAACUAGCGUGAGUUGCGUUACGAAUUAAUGUAGACUGUAUUUAUGCAAUCGAUUUACAAAUGAAGCUGAAACUCGAUCAGACGAGGGGCGCAGACGUGUACAAAUACACGUGUUGAUUAACCCGGUGCAAUUGGGUAAACUUGGAACACUUUGUAUCGGCCAAUCCUGCCGACGGCCGUGAGGAGUAAUCUCCGUGAUGUCGUGCAGCGGCGGACGGGCGAGCAAGCGAAGACUGUGCAAAAGGGAUGAGGGGCAGGGCUCGGCGAGGGGGCAGGCCACGGCUGGCGUCUCUGGUUUCCCAUGCAGCCGGUUCUCACGAAAGUUUUGCGAAAGGGACUCGAUGCGAACACAGAGUCCCGAAACCGCGCGAGUCCCGAACGAGGCCAAGGCAGCCACGUGUCCAUUCAUUCACAUCCUGCGAGUGCCUCUCAAGUAGUCACCUCCACCUUCUGUCACCACUGUGGUUUUUAUUUUAUAUAAAAUCGCUCGUGUGAAGCCCUCGGAACAUUAGUCUCGGUUGCAUCCGGAAGUGUUUCCUCGCCGCCCAGCAGCAAAAUGACGAACGUGCGGCAACUUUGGACUGCGCAGCAUAAGGUGGCUAAUCCGAGUAGAGCUCGGUGUUCCUAUCCAAUUGAAAUAAUGUGAAGUAAUUUCUUAAGGGCCAGUUUAAGCAUCCCCCCCCCAUCUGCAAAUCAACUCUAGAUUCCCAAAACUAAUUUCAUAAAGGAGAAAUAGCUGCUUGAAAAAAAAGAGGCAAUGUAAAGCAGAGAAAUGCACUUCCAAAAGCAACUUUAACUCAAGUGUCCUGAGGCUGUAACGCUCCUGUGUUGGGUUUCCACCACGUGGAGUCUAUGUAAAGAGAGACAAACACCGGAUGUGUGGAAACGAAUGUACGUAUGUAUCUUGAACUUCUUUCUCGUACGUAGCCAACCGUGCUAAUCGGAGGUGCGGGAUGACACUUGCGAAGGUAAAUUCAGCAGUGUGCGUCGGGAGAUCAUGUGAAGGCUGCUUCUUGUCGCAGCAUGAAUGGGAACAUGAAUGCGUCUUGAGGAUCGAUCGUGUUGUCCGGGCUACAGCGAAAUCCAUCCCUGGUUUGAGUGACGGUCAGAUCCAUCCUCCCCGAGUCGGGCGCUCCCUGAGCCGUUCCCAUCGCUCGACCUGGUUUAUCUGUUCAGUCGUGGGGGGGGUGGUUGCCACUUUACUACAGUGGUGAGGUUGGCGGUCAGGGUGGGUGAUGAGAGACAGACGUGUGGCCCCGUGUAUGGACACGUGUGUUUCCUCUCGGCUUCCAUGAACUCUCACAGCUGACUGGCUUUGCGAUGCGACGGUCAGGAGAUUCUGGCGCUCGUCAUUGCCCCGGCGAUUGUGGUGCCACUGUGGGUCGGCGAUUGCCACACGGCCGCACCGAGUUCUUGGUCUCCAGCACUCCGUGGGGGAGGGGGGCAGUGUUGGGACCUCGAUCCCCGUGAGUCAUGCAUAGCAUGAUGCAUUUACCAAACUGGCCAUGCGUUACUGCAGUCAGUCGUUCGCAAAUGUAACAUUGGUAAACGUCAAUUUUACAUUUAAUCUCCAUACAUUGGGCGAGGGAGGCUCUUGCAGUUUCAGCAGGCCCGCCCCUGGAAUUUCUAAGAAGUUGGUGGUGGUUCAGAGCUCGAGGUUGAUGAGGCUGCAAGCUCUGCGCUGUUUUACAAUCUCGGGUGAUGCGGCAUGUGCAGGUAGAUUCAUUGACGAUUUAAAACUGAUCGCAACAUGUAAUGAAUUAGUACCCCCCAAGGUAGCAAACCUUGAGUAGCACUGAUGUACUAUUUAUAUGGCUCGUAAGGGUUAAAUAUGUGAUAACCCACCCACUUCCAAUGGUUAUCGAAAUUCACUGGUAUGUCCACGUAAACAAAUUGGAACCGCUAAAGUUAUACCACCACAAGUGUAACCCACAAGUGAAAUUGGUUUGGCCUCAUUUGACUAAUUGCCAUGUGAGACUUGAAAACCUGGGGUGGAGUUUGCAACCUCCUCUAGCUGAGGUCAUGAGCUGCCACUGCAAACAACGAAUGCACAAUCGUGCUUGGAACCCCUGGCCCUGAACUCCACCGCCAAUCCAGCUGCUGACCCAGGCAGCAGCGCGUGUCGAGACACCCCCCCCCCCCCCCAUCGCGCUGCGUGUUCAGUCACAGACUCGGGGACGAGCGAUGGUUGAGAGCGGACUGCAGUGGCUUCCCUUAUUAGUCUGCUGUCAUUCUCAGAUGGCGGUGGCUUUUUACGAUUCACGUACUGUUAAGAUAUUACUUUAUAAUAGAAGAGACGCAAACAAAGAGCGUGAUUUAAGAUUUACUAUGCUUCAAAUGUAUGAAUUAUUAAACAAGCUGCUUGUACGAUCUGCGGCCAUACCACA